GUUUUGUAAUCAUCUAUGAGCUGCGACUUAUACUUCAAGGAAGAAAAAUAGUUAAAAAAUGCUCGAACGAAGCUUACGCUUCGCUUUCCGAAGAAGCUACUGUACAAAGCUUGCGCAAAGAAUUACAACUCAUUAUACAGUAGUUCCUAGAGAAACAGAUCCAAGAUGGCAGAACGUUGCGAUGGAGAGAGUUAGUGAUGAAACUGAUGUGGUUAUAGUUGGUGGUGGUCCUGCUGGCAUGUCAGCAGCUAUUAAGUUAAAGCAAUUAGCAACUGAGAGAAAUAAGGAUCUUCGUGUUUGUUUGGUUGAAAAAGCAUCUGAAAUCGGUGGUCACAUAUUAUCUGGAGCUUGUAUUGAAACAGAUGCACUUGAUAAGCUUAUUCCAGAUUGGAAGGACAAAGGGGCACCAAUCAAAACAGCUGUAAAAACAGACAAGUUUGCAUUUCUAACUGAAAAAGGCAGGAUACCAAUACCAAUUUUUAAAGGUUUACCUAUGUAUAACCAUGGAAACUACAUUGUGAGAUUAGGAAAUGUCGUCAGGUGGUUAGGUCAGCAAGCAGAAGAACUUGGUGUUGAACUUUAUCCUGGUUAUGCUGCUAGUGAGGUCCUCUUUCAUGAAGAUGGGAGCGUUAAAGGAAUUGCAACAAAUGAUGUAGGCAUCAAUAAAGAUGGGUCACCAAAGGAAUCUUUUGAAAGAGGAAUGGAACUUCAUGCCAAAUGCACAAUAUUUGCUGAGGGAUGCCAUGGACAUUUAGCUAAACAACUUUACAAACAAUUUAACUUGAGAGUAAACUGUGAACCUCAAACUUAUGCCAUUGGGUUAAAAGAAGUUUGGGAAAUUGAUCCAGCUAAACACAAGCCAGGCACUGUGGAACAUACUGUUGGUUGGCCAUUGGAUAGGAAAACUUAUGGUGGAUCAUUCUUAUAUCAUUUGGAUGAAGGUUCUCCCCUUGUGGUGGUUGGUUUUGUUAUAGGAUUGGAUUAUGAAAAUCCUUACCUAAAUACUUUCCGAGAAUUUCAGAGGUUCAAAUUGCAUCCCUCCGUCAAACCUGUUUUUGAAGGUGGAACACGUGUGGCUUAUGGAGCUAGGGCACUAAAUGAAGGAGGCUUUCAGAGCAUUCCCAAAUUAACAUUUCCUGGAGGAUGCAUGAUUGGUUGUAGCCCAGGUUUUAUGAAUGUGCCUAAAAUUAAAGGAACCCACAACGCCAUGAAAAGUGCUAUGAUAGCAGCUGAAGCUGUAUUCGAUACUGUCACUUCUGAUACACCUUCUGAAUCUCAGACUAUGAGUCCUGAGCCUGUUGAAUAUGAGAGAAAGCUGAAAGAGAGUGACGUUUGGAAAGAACUGAAAUCCGUUCGCAACAUUCGCCCAUCCUUUCACAGUCCUUUGGGCAUCUAUGGGACAAUGUUGUAUACAGGAAUGUUUUAUUACUUGGGAAGAGGAAAAGAGCCAUGGACAUUAUCUCAUCAUGGUGCUGAUUAUGGAAAGCUGAAACCAGCCUCAGAAUGUAAACCUAUCGAAUAUCCAAAACCAGAUGGGGUUAUUACAUUUGAUUUAUUGUCAUCAGUUGCAUUGACUGGUACAAAUCAUGAGGACCAACCUCCUCACUUAACAUUAAUGGAUGAUUCUGUACCAGUUGACAGAAAUUUAAAAGUUUUUGAUGGGCCUGAACAAAGGUUUUGUCCAGCUGGUGUUUAUGAGUAUGUGCCAACAGAAGAUGGAGAAGGACAACGGCUUCAGAUUAAUGCACAAAAUUGUAUACACUGCAAAACUUGCGAUAUCAAAGAUCCUAGCCAGAAUAUCAACUGGGUAACACCUGAAGGUGGUGGUGGACCAGCAUAUAAUGGGAUGUAGAAUACUCCCUUUGUUUUGUAAGAAAUUAAGAGGAAAAUUAUUUAGAUACAUGAACACAUGUAUAAAUUGGUUACAUUUAAGAUUCAAUCUUAUAUGAUCUGUUUUUAAAGUAACUUUUUUUUCGAUGAAAUUAUGUUUAAAAUAUUUGAAGUACCCUUUUGUUUAUUUUUACUCCUUUAAGUUGCAUUUUUUUUUUAAAUUUGGUAUUGUUAAAAUUAAUGUAUUUUGUGAUAUAUUACAUUGAUUUAGUACUGUUUUUAAAAUUGAUGUCUAUUUUUUUUUGUUUCGUUUAUGUAAGGUUUUUAUGUAAUGAAUGGUAUAUUAUUAAAAAAUCAUUUAGAUUUUAACUACUACUGAUAAAGACACUACUGUAACUAUUAGGCAUGAAUAUAUCAGAAUUUCAAUUAAUGAAAUUAUUUUUAAAAGAUUUCAUUUUACAUGCAUGUUAUAGGUAAUAAGAUCACUUUCAAAUCAUAAAAAUAUCUUUGGAGCAAAAAAUACAGAAUUUGAUGUACUAUAUCCACUUGGUUAAGCAGGGUUUCAAAUGAGCCAAUUUCUAAAUUCUAUUUUUUACCUUACUUUCUCAGUCAUAAUGCCUGCCUUUUACUUCUGUUUUUUAAUUGUAGCAAAAAACAAACAAAAAAAAAUAGUAAUUAUAAAGUUAACAUACUUCCGCUUUUCAAUUGUUGCCAGAAACAGUGAAAAACAAGUCAUUAUAAAGUUAGUUUCAGUAAUAAAUGUAACAAUUUUAAGGCUGAAUCUAAACAAUCAUAUAUUUGUGGAUUUUAGGCAAAUAAUGCAGGUUUUCGAGUUUUUAAAACCUUUUUUUUUUUCACUAAACCUGUUCUAUGUAGAAAAAAAAUGCUUUUUAAUUCAGAGCAUACAAACUUGCAAUACUUAGAGCAGAUAAUAGUCAACAUAAGUUUAUUUACCCAACACAUAAACAAGUCAACUUUAAAACAAGUCAAUGUCCCCCUUUUCUAAAAAACAAUGGUAGGUAACAGGUAAAUAACUUCCAAAAAUUUCACCUCAAAUUAUUUUUUAAAUAAAAUAUUAAAAAUGGUUUUUAAUUCUCAAGACAAAUCUAUAAUCUAUUUAUACCUAUAUUUUCAUAGGAAACUUAAUUUAUACAUGUGUUCAUCUUUAAGGACAUACAUUUUAUAUAUAGUUAUAAAUAUAUGAAGUGCUCUAAGGUAAUGCUUUAAUAUAAUUAUGAAUGUUGAAAUUUUUAUUGUAAAUGUAUUUUCUUAUAAUCAAAACCGUGCAAAUGUUACAUCAUUUUAAAUGGCAUAGUAAUUUAUUAAAGUGUAAUUUAUAUUUUGUGUCUAUGAAAUAAAUUUAUUUUUAAAUUGAAAAUAUUUAGUGUGUAUAGUUAAUAAAAAAUUCAGCUUUAAUGUAAGAAGUCUCUAAAUAACUUGGUUUCAAGUCAGAAAUGUUGUCAGAGUUCUGUUUAGUCUUUUCUUUUUUUAAGUGUAGCAGAAGCAUAAAUAAAAAAAUAAUAAAUAAAUAAAAAACCCUGCUUGUCUUGCAAAAAUAUUUUAAUCCCAACAAAUCAAUUGUA